AUGGCUCCUCCUAUGCUCCGUCUGAGUUACAACGACAUCCACAACGCCAUCGCGGCGACUGCCCCCAAGAUCAAGGAGCAGUUUUCUCCCGACCUCUUCAUCGCUAUCGGAGGCGGCGGUUUCAUCCCUGCUCGUAUCCUGCGUACCUUCUGCAAGAACAUCGAGAACGGCACGAAGCGCAACAUCCCUAUCCAGGCUGUUGGUCUGUACCUCUACGAGAGCAUGGGUGGAGUUGAGGAGGUUGCCGGUGCUGAGGUCACUCGUGUCCAGUGGAUCGACUUCUCGACUCUCGGCAACAAGCUCAACCACGGCGGUCUCCUCGGUCGCCGCAUGCUGAUUGUCGACGAGGUUGACGACUCGCGCACGACUCUUAUGUACACUGUCAACGAGCUCAAGAAGGACAUUGAUGAGCAGCUUUCCAAGGUCCAGGAUGAGAAGGAGCGCGAGAAGCUCCGCGCCGAGACCAAGCUCGCCAUCUUUGUCGUUCACAACAAGCUCAAGCCCAAGGUCGGCGAGAUUCCCGAGGAUGUCCAGUACUUCUCGGCCGUCGACACCCCUGACGUUUGGCUUGCUUACCCCUGGGAGUGCGAGACCGACAUCGACGAGCACGAUGCCCUCCGCAAGGACAACCCCCAGCUCUGA